AUGACAAGUGCGUUGAAUAAGCACGCCUGCAGGUUGUCCAGACUGCCACUUUUAAGCUCGGCAAGAAGGACUUUCUCUGAGGUGUCGACCGAUGUAAAGCCGCAGGUGAAGCCAAAGUCUUCGCUUGGAUCGCGACUUCGGAGUUUCAUCACGGGCUUCACGGUGGCUGGCACUUUGUCAGGCUAUGCUCUUUACUACAAGGUGCAGUGGGCAAAUGAAGAGCUCGCAGCGAUGGUCAGAGAAGCGGCUGCAAGACAGGCCCAGAUAGAAAGGCGACUCAGUCAACUGGAUGGCCGGUGA